AAAAAGAGUUGGUCGUCUCGAUGUAGGGCAUGCUAUGACCGCCUCAUUGCUCCUCCACUCGCACUGGAUUGACCCGGUGAUGUUCCUCUACGACAACGGCUUGGAUGAGAGAAGCAAGAACAUGGAGGGAUUUACUGGAGGCAAUUUCGCUGCGAACCAGUGCAGGAACUUGUUAGCGCAUCCGACCUCGCUGGCGCCCAGCACCACCUACACUGCGAGUGAGGUGCCAGUCUCUGGCAUGGGGGAGCCUGGCAAACAAUGUAGCCCCUGUUCUGCCACUCAGAGUUCACCCAACGCGUCUCUGCCCUAUGGAUAUUUUGGCAGCAGUUACAGUUAUCCAUGCAGGAUGUCACACGGCAGCGUCAAGGCGUGCGCGCAGCCCUCUGGCUAUGUCGAUAAAUACAUGGACUCCUCUGUCACCGGUGAGGAGUUUUCGAGCAGGGCGAAAGAAUUUGCUUUUUACCAGGGCUACUCCUCUGGUCCCUACCAACCAAGCUACUUGGAUGUGCCUGUCGUGCCGGCGCUCAGUGCGCCAACUGAGCCAAGACACGAGCCUCUGUUGCCCAUGGAGCCUUACCAGCCAUGGGCCAUCACCAAUGGCUGGAGUGGUCAAGUUUACUGCACCAAGGAGCAGCCACAGCCAAAUCCUCUGUGGAAAUCCUCGUUACAAGAAUCCAUAUCUGCUGGAGACAGCUCUGUCCGCCGUGGGAGGAAGAAGCGUGUGCCAUACACCAAGGUGCAGCUGAAAGAACUGGAGAGGGAGUACACCACCAAUAAAUUCAUCACCAAGGACAAAAGGAGAAGGAUAUCCGCGCAGACGAACCUGACAGAGAGACAAGUGACAAUCUGGUUUCAGAACAGGCGCGUAAAGGAGAAGAAGAUCGUUAAUAAAUUCAAGAGCUCCAGUUAGCUGUGGAGAUACUGAUCAGGAGGUAACAUGCGGACAUGGAUGCGCUUUUCCUCCACUCCCCAAAAAACUGUGCUAUAAUUUAUUACAUAUGAAGGUUUUCUUUGACGCCACUGUGGCUCCGUUUUUUUUUUUUGGCCCACUCCUUUCCUUCCUCACGUUUUAAUUGGAACCAGUCGAUGCGGCCUGUUGACAGAGGAUCGGACAUGGUUUGCAACAUGUUAACCAAGGCGACUCUGCGAGGGAUGUGUGAUCUCCUGAAAACAUUCAGCAAAUGACACGAGAUUUGAUUUUGAAGGCCAGAGACACCCAGAGAAAACACGCGCCCUAAUCCAGAUGAAACAGAAGAUUGAAAGUGUGGAGAACGCUCUAGAAUCAGUUAUAAUUUUCUUUUUCACACAAUAAUGCAAUGUCCAAGAAAAAAAGCGGAAUAAAUGUCUGAGAUCAUGACAGAAGAAACGGGCCCAGAUUAAAAACGCCUAAUAUAUCAAUAAUAAAACGAAUGAAUCUGUAAAUGUAUAUUUUACGCAUUCGUUCAAACUAAAGAGAGUAAAACAACUCGUUUAUUAGUGGAUACAUAAUGACAUUUUAAAAUAAACUUCAUUUCACAAUUUGAGAAGAUUUAAGAGCUUAGACAUAUCUGCUUUUUAAUCACUUCUUUUCAUUCGUUCAGUUUAUCUGUUCGUUUGUUUAAAAGUGAUCAAACAGUCUCAGAAUGUCCAAACUGUCCUCGUCACGUCUUCUCUCUGGACACAGGAUAUUUAUUCAGGAGAACUCGCCUGUCAGCAGACUGACCUCCUCCCUGUCAGCCCAGAACGAUUCCUCGUUACAGAGAAGUGGUGAAACAGUGCGCAUAUUUAAACAUGUAAAUACUAUCUCACUCCAACUAUCUAUUCUCCCUUUUUUUUGACUGCAAUAGCCAAA